AUGCUCUUCCUAAAUCGACUCAUACUCGCAUCCACAUUUUCAUUGCUCAUCCUACUCUCACAUACAGUACGAUCAGCAACAGUUCCACAACAGUUGCACAACCUAGCAAAUCGUGAUGUAUCGCAAGAUGAUAUGAUCUUAUCAGCAACUAUCACGACCACAGCAUCCUCCUCAACUGCCACCACACCAAGUACCGAAAGCGCUCAAGAAUCAAAUGAAAAUCGUGAACCUGAUCCAUCCAACGGUCUAUUAGGACCUUGUGUGUAUAAUCAAUGUUGCUGUACACCCAUGGUCAAAGAUCGAUCACAGUGCUGGAACGAUGUCACAACACCUUGUCCGGGCACAAUGGGUCGUCGUCGUCGUGUGUCAGCAAAAGCUGCUUAA